CUUGUCAUCAUCUGUCACUUCUUUAUAAUUUUUCGUUGAAAAAGAUAGGGCUCCAAAGUCCUAUUGCCAACAAAAAAACAACGCAAGACAUUAAACAACUUUUUUCAAGCCCAUCUGUAUUUAAAAAAACAGUGCAAAAAUGUUUCUGUGGGACUGGUUUACGGGAAUGCUGGGAUAUCUAGGAUUGUGGAAGAAAUCUGGAAAACUAUUAUUCUUAGGACUGGAUAACGCAGGCAAAACUACCCUUCUACAUAUGCUCAAGGAUGACAGACUGGCCCAGCAUCUUCCCACGUUACAUCCCACAUCAGAGGAGCUUUCCAUUGGUAACAUGAGGUUUACGACGUUCGAUUUGGGGGGCCACGAGCAGGCUAGGAGAGUGUGGAGGGACUACUUUCCAGCAGUCGAUGCCAUAGUGUUCCUUGUUGAUGCCAACGACAGCUCAAGAUUUGUAGAAAGCCAGGAACAGCUAAAUGCCCUCCUCUCAGACGAAACUCUAUCAAACUGUCCAAUACUUAUCUUAGGUAAUAAAAUUGAUCUCCCAGGUGCUGCUUCGGAAGAUGAAUUACGAACUAGAUUCGGCUUGUUUGGCCAAACCACAGGCAAAGGCAAAGUAGCCAGAAAUGAUCUACCCGGUAGGCCUCUAGAACUAUUUAUGUGCUCUAUACUCAAAAGACAAGGUUAUGGAGAAGGUUUCCGUUGGUUGGCACAAUAUAUCGAUUAAUUAUGUAUUUUUCCAUUUCGUUCUGUCAUUGAGUUAGGAUAUUAAUGUUUGAGGAACUAUUGGCAACACUGCAACUACCUGAUUCAUUUCAGAUCUUAGGUACUUUACAUAAAUAUCUAAAUAUAGAUGUUGGCAAUGUAAUUUUGAACAACAGUAUAUACAUUCAAUGUAAAUUAUAUAUUUUUAGUUAAGUUACCUUCUUAAAUGGUGUUUGAGUGGCUAUGGUACUGAAAUAGUUUGACUUUUUGUGUUCUUCGAUAACUAAAAAUGAUUUCUUGUGGAAAGUUACACUCAGAAUUACAUAGUUAACUUCUUUAUCAGCAGUUGUUGUCAAGAUUUCCAUUUUGAGACGAUUGUUUUGUAAAUUAGGUGGGAAUUUUUAAAAUGUUGGACUGUUUUUUAAGAUGCCUUUCUCAACUUUUGUUACAAAUAAUGUUUUGUCCAGUUGUAAAUGUUUUAUUUAACUAGAGACUUUCUAGGUUGUGUUAAUAAUAGUCAUUGGUCAAAUACGAUAGAAGCCAAAAUUUGAAGAAAAGGAACAAUGUACUAGGGUGGUCCGAUAAGUAUUUUGCCUUCAAAAGAAAAGUGGCGAUUUAUUUUUCAAUAUUGUCUCCUUCUAGCUCGAUACACGUGACCCAGCGAGGCUUCACCCAGCUUCAGCUGCUUCAAUUUCUGAAGGUCUGUAAAGUAGACAUCAAUAGCAGCGAUGAACUCACUAAAUCGACUUACAUUUCUGCCCGACGAGUGACUUUUCAAAUUUGGAAACGAAAAGAAAUCGCACAGGACCAAAUCUGGAGAAUACAGUGGAUGGGAUAGUAGUUAGUAGUCCGAAUCGACCAAUUUGGCCAUGGCGACGGCGAAUGUGUGAGCGGGUGUGUUGUCGUGGAAGAGUACUUUUUAUCUUCCCCAAUUGGGGCUGUUUUUUCUGCAAGUCGGCGUCGAAUCGAUCCAAUAAUGCGCCAAAGUAAAGCCCUGUAACCGUUUUGCCCUUUUUUUCAGGAAGCUGAUAUAUAUCACACUUUGUGAAUCCCAGAAAAUGGUGGUCAUCACUUUUUCGGUCGUUAGGACAGUCUUUGCCUUCUUCGGAGUACGUUCGCGGGGCGACGUCCACUGUAUCAACUGUUCCUUGGUUUCUGGUGAGUACUGGUGGAUCCAAGUUUCGUUGAUGAUUAUGAAACAAUGUAGAAACUCCUUCAGAUUACGCUUAAACAGCCUUAGAUAUUGCUCUAAGGUGGUCUCAUGGUGGCGCUUAUUGUCCUGGGUGAACAAAUUUAUUUAUUUAUUAACGGGAUACCACCCAAUUUAAUAUAUACACAAAAUAUUAUAAUUAUCUAGUGAUACAAUAAAUAUAAAGAUAUAGUAAAUAUGUAUGACAAAAAUUGGCGAUGCAGCAAUAUAGAAAAAACAAAUGAUAAAAUAAUAAGUAAAUAACAAAUAUAAAUCACAUAAGAUUACAAAAUUUUUUUUAAACACUGUCUACAAACAUUUUCCGAAGCGCACAGCAACAAAUUAAAGUCUAUUCUAUUUCCAUUUAGAAUUAUUCUACUCAGAGGAGAAUGCCUACCAAAGUUGCAGCGAUGAAAUUUAAUUGCAAAAUUUUGAGAUGUUCUAGUAACUCUAGAGAGACCAUUAAAGUCAAUUAGAGACAGUAGAUCAUUGCAAUUAAUUUUUGAAUUCAGUUGUUUAUGAAGAAACAAAACAUCAGCAUACAUCCGCCUGGAAGAUAGCCCAGGAAGGAUUAAUUUAUUUCUAAUUCUGAGUAUCAAUGGUCACUUAAAGGUUUGUGUAAUUUAAUUUAAGUACCUAAUGUAUUUAGUAUGGACUUUUCAAGCUUGGCUAUAUGGACUUCAUAAGUGGGUGACCAAACAACUGAGCAAUACUCAAGAACAGAUCUAACUAGGGAAAUGUAAAUCAGUCUGAUGGAAUUAAUGUUAUGCAAAUAUCUAGAAGUUCUAAUAAUGAAGCCUAACAUUUUAAAUGCGGCACCCACCGCGUCGACAGCUUUCUCAUGCCCAAAAUCAUGAAGGAUAUGACUCAUACACCAUGUACAGCACAUGUGUCACCAUACACAGCAUUCAAGCGCUCUUUGAUUUCACUAUACACUUUCCCUUCCAAAAACAAGAAUCGAAUCACCGGCCGAUAUUGCUCUUUUUUCAUUUUUCUAUAAUCCCCAGACAUGCUCACUUCCACACGCGGUCAAAACAAAACAACGAAAGUUGAGAUUUUGACAUAGAUAGGCCAUUUACAAGAAUGUAUUACAUAUAUGAUAGCAGAUUUAUCUUGCGGUAGUCUCGCCAUCGAGCGAAGAAGCUAAGUACUUAUUGGACCACCCAUGUAUUCAUAUGGAAUAAGUUGUAAUCAUUGGUUAGUUUUAUGUAUUAGAAACAAUGGGUUCCUUUUUAUUUGGUGCAUAAAUAUUAAGAAAACUGAUGAAACUCAUUUGAUCAUAAUAAACGAUAUUUAUUAGGAUUUUCACUUUCUAACAAAAAUUGUUUGUAGAAGUUUGACAAACAGGAAAAGAAACCUAAACAUAAGUGACUCAAAAAUGAUUUUUCGUGCGAUAAUAGACAAAAUCUACCUAAUACCCAUUCUUCUUAAAGUCGGUAAUAUAAUUUAUUUUAUUUAUGAUCUUGUAAAUGUUAUUCUGUUGUGUUUGGCGACUGUCCUGCAAGCAGUUAAAUAAAACUUGCCCAAAACGGUUUCCAAGUUUCAGUCAACACUUACUGUAUUUUAAUCCGUUAUGUAAUUUUAUUGUAUAUUAUCAAAUACAUUUGGAUUUGGAAUAAAAAGAUACACUUGA